CAUACUGCCAGUGCUAUAUACUAUUUAUAGUAAUUUUAAAAAUAUCUAUGAAUGGUAACCCUGUAUUCAUAGCAAGCAAAGGAAAUAAUGACAAGAGAAAGAGUGAAAGAAAGAUGUUAAAUGUCAAAAACUUGGCAUUUGCGCACAUUUCUUCAAUUGAAUUCAACAAACAAGCGAAAAGUUUAGUGAUGGACAAGUAUAUCUGUAAAGCCUCUAAAGCGUCCGAAGUAAGUGUAACGAUGACUUGUUCAGUGAUGAAAACUCGCCUGCGCCUUCAAAGCGAAAAUUCCGUAGUGAAUGGCUGCAAUAUUUUGACUGGCUUGAAGAGAAGGAAGGUUGUGCAUUUUGUAUUGUAUGUUUUAAAACAAUUUUAAAUCACCGCACUCAUCUGAAUAACCACCAGCGCACCAAUAAUCACAUUCAAGCAUACAAGGCCGGAAAAAACCAAAUCAGCAUGUCUAAGUUUGUUAAUUCAAACAAGGAAAAGGUAAAUCAGCAGGUUUGGCACGCAGAGUACACGCUAGUGAUGUUUUGUAUUACACAUAAUCUGCCUUCUUGCUUAUGGACUUCCUGCCCAGUUUAUUAGCAGAAUGUUGUCCAGAUUCUGAUAUCGCUAAACUAUUAAAAUGUGGAAGAACAAAGUCGACUCAAAUCGCUGAGCUGAUAGGAAAUCAUGCAAGUGAGAAAACAAUAGCUAAUUUGCGAGCUAGAAGAUUUUCGGUAAUAGUUGAUGAAACAACCGACGUAUCAGUGAAGAAGUGUUUGGUGCUUGUUGCAAGGUACGUCGACAACGCCCGCGUAGUUCAUGACCGCUUUCUUGCAUUGAUAGAGCUUGGGAAAGCAGAUGCGAUAUCAAUUUUUACUGUUAUAAAAACUUCUUUAAUUCUAAAAAUGU